GGCGCCAAACUCAUACAGACCUUCCCGUCCAAAUCCCGCCCCCAUCCGCUCUGCGUCCUAUCAGCGGUGUCUAUUGGAUGUCCCGGGUGUUUGGCGGCACAUGGAAGUACUUUCCAAAUCAGAAGACAGUAUCUGCUUUUGGCUUAUGAGGCAUCCUCUGUGUAAUAAUGGCCACCGAAGUCUCUGAGAUGGAGAUUGGGAAUUGGCUUAGAAAAGCUGUUGAAUGGAGUGAUACUACCACUUUGAUAAUCCAGGAAGAUGUCUGCCUUCACUUGCCAAAAUUACAUGAGUUCCUGUUGCAGAUUUAUGAAACUUUGAAACAUAUGAGUACAAAUGCAGCGAUUGAAAAAUUCCCUGUUCUUGGACAGUUUCUGGGACGCCUGUGCUGGAACCGCUUUGUUAUUGGUCAUGCAGGCACCCGCAAGAUUUUGAUGUGUUGCUUGGCCCAUUUAUACAGCAGUGAACCUCAGAAUGCAAUAGAAAUUAAAGCUAACAGCUGUAUCAAGAAACUAGUUUGUCAUCUGUUUUCCUCAUCUGAACAAAAAAGAAAUGGAGAAAUGGAAAUCAUUGGCCAGCUGGGAUGUUCAACUGCUGAAUACUAUGAUUUGCUUUUAAAAAAUAUCAUUUCAUCAUUAAUUAUUCAGAUUAAAAGAAGCUGGUCAGAUGAAAACAAAAAAGAUGUUUUGGCUGAGCAUGUACACGCACUAUCUGUGACCUGUUUAUGUGUUCUUACGUUGCCUGAAGUAACCCCAUUGCUGGAAGCACUGCUUCUCUAUUAUUGGUCUGGGCCAAAAGAGGUUCUCGACAACUACUUCUUAGAAGCUUUAAAUGAUGUCGUGUUGAGGAAGAAGAUUGUGCUAAGUGAAUCAGCAGUACUUAGCCUGUGGCUUCGUCAUUUACCGAGCCUUGAAAAAGCUGUGCUGGAUCUAUUUCAAAGAUUAAUUGCCCUCCAAAGCAAAUCAGUGAAAGAAAUGGAACAUAUUAUAAAGGAUUCAUUCUUGUUACGAGCUGCUUGUCAUCCAUCUAUUUUUAGAGUUAUUGAUGAUACCUUUAGGAAUGCACUACUUGAAAGUGAUGGAAAUGUUAAAGUGAGUACUAUUAUAAGGGUAUUCACACACUCGUUUUUGAAAGAAUAUGACAAGGAUAAUCUACAGCCGAAGCUUCCACUAAGGGCUUAUUUCCCCAUUGAAAGUCCUGCGCUGGUGUUGGCAUUACUGAGAAAGUAUGAAGGAUUACCAUCUGAUGCUUGUGUUCAACACUUGUGCACCGUUGUUAAAAUUCUAAGAAAUAUGGACAAGGAAGAGAGGACUGCUGACUGUGUCUUUAAAUCCUGGUAUUUACUAAUCCACUUUGGCGAAUGGGUAGACAUUGCAGCAGAGCAGCUGUUGACAUCAGACUUGGAAGUUUCAGAUGACCUGCUGUGGCUUUUGGCAUUUUACUACAAUCCAUGCAAUGAGAACCAAAGCAGAGAUAGAACAAUGAUGGAAGCAAAAUCUGCAUAUAGAAGUUUAGUAUCACUCUUCAGAAAUUCAACAGUUUGUGUUACAUCCCUGAAAAAAAUAUUCCAAGUGGAAAAAAAAUCAGACGAAUGCCAAGCGUGUACUCUGCAGCUGAUCAGACAUCUCUGCGUAACUUUCCUUCUGUGUUCUCCUGAGUGGCAUAACAUCAUCAAACAGUGUAUUUCUUUUAUGACUCAGACACAGGAAGCUGCCAGUGAAGUUUCUGACGUACUGGCUCGUACUUUAUGCAGACUUGAUAUUCCUGGAAUGGAAAGUCGAAAGAUAAUCACGAUAGCGCACUGGCUGCUUCAGGACUCCUAAUAGGAAUUAAGGAAAACAGGGCCUAAUGUGUCUUACAACAACAGUGUAUACAGCCGCUUGCUUUUCACUCGGCCAGUGGAAAUUUGAUGUUUCUUGGCAAACUGUUUUGUCCAUGUCACUUUUUCCUGUACAAAAAUGGAUCUAUUUAUUCACAGCAGUGGCUCCAGGGAAUUGCUUAUUUAGAAUACAGAUGUCAGGAAGUUGUUUGUGACUAGUUUAAUAUUAAUGAGUGAUUUGGAACUUCCACCAGCAUUUGCCUAUGAAAUGGGCACACUGGAUAAAAGGCAAGCAAAAUAUGUAAAAAAUUUGAAUUGUACGCUCUAUUUUUUAUUUUUCUUAGUCUUUUCAAUGUUAUAGUAAUGUUUUAGUCAAUAUAUGUUACAACACCUCA